UUUUCUUGUUGUUGACUUCUUGGUAUGUGAUUGGUUCGGUAUAGGGUGCACCAGCGGAGCAUGUGCUCCGCCUGUUCUAGCCGGAUUCAAUGAGGCUAUAGUCCCAACCGCCACCCAAAUUACGACUUUGACUUUCAUCCUCUACUCUCGUCAUUGAAAGCUCCCGCUGCUUCACGGCUCACCUCUCUCUCUCUCUCUCUCUGUCUCUCUCCAAUCUGCAUUCGGCAAUAAUUUCAGAGGUUUGUGAAGCAAGUUUGGAAAUCUAAGGGAGUUUUUUGCUGUUUUAAGUGUUUGAUAUUGUCGGUGUGUGUCUGGCUGAUUCGAUCGAAUACCUCAGAAAAGAGCAAGCAAACAAGCAAAUGGGGAAGAAGCGUGUGAUGUUGCCCGUUGAAGAGGUUGACUUGACCGCUGUGAAAUACGAGCCUGAAGUAAUCCAAGCUCCUCAUUUGACCGGGUAUUGGUUGAAAUUAUUCGUGAAGAUAGUUGAAACUCCACUGAUAGGUUAUUUGGUAGUGCAAUACCUCAAAAAGCAGAACAAGUUGUCUGAGUUGUUGGAAGAUACUGUAAUACCAGAACGCCCUAUGUUCAAACCUGAAUUUCCUCCUCAAGAGCCGGAAGCUGGCGUUGUCCUCCUGCAAGAGGAUGGAAAACCUGAAGACAGGGUUCAAACAGCCUUGAAUUGUCUUCCACAUUAUGAUCCUGCUAGCUGCUGGACUGGUGAUAUGAAUAUUUCGUUUCGGUAUUGGAAGAUCCGUGACUAUGCAUAUGCCUAUCGGUCUCGAAUUUCUACCCCUUCUAUGGUUGCCGAGCGAAUCAUCUCAGUUAUGGAGGAGUUCAGCAAUAAGAAUCCCCCAGCACCAUUAUUGAUUUCGUUCAAUGCUGAGGAAGUCAGGAAGCAAGCUGUAGCUUCUACUCAGAGGUUUGAGGAAGGUAAUCCAUUAUCAAUUUUGGAUGGGAUAUUCAUGGCGAUUAAGGAUGAUAUAGAUUGCUAUCCCCACCCAUCAAAUGGUGCAACAACAUGGUAUCAUGAAGUUCGGCCUGUUAAAAAAGAUGCAGUAUGUGUUUCAAAAUUGCGUAGCUGUGGCGUGAUUUUUGUUGGAAAGGCAAAUAUGCAUGAAUUGGGCAUGGGGACAACUGGUAACAAUCCAAACUAUGGAACAACAAGAAAUCCACAUGCAUUAGAAAGGUACACUGGCGGAUCUUCCUCUGCCCCAGCAGCAAUUGUAGCUUCUGGACUAUGUUCUGCAGCACUUGGAACAGAUGGUGGAGGUUCAGUUCGUAUCCCUUCUUCUCUCUGUGGAGUAGUUGGCUUGAAAACCACUUUUGGACGGACUGACAUGACAGGAUCAUUGUGUGAUGGUGGGACUGUGGAAAUUAUUGGACCACUUGCAUCAUCAGUCGAGGAUGUUAUGCUAGUGUACGCAGCAAUCUUGGGCUCCUCACAUGCUGAUAGAAUCAGUUUGAAACCAUCUCUGCCAUCUUUGCCCAAGUUGUCAUCAGAUGACAGUUCAAAUGCUUUGGGUUCACUGCGACUAGGGAAAUACACAGAGUGGUUUAAUGAUGUAUACUCAACUGAUAUCUCUGAUAAGUGUAAUGACGUUCUUGAUCUUCUCUCAAAAAACUGUGGGUGCAAAACUGUAGAGAUUGCUAUUCCAGAGCUGCAUGAGAUGCGCUCUGCUCAUCUCGUAUCAAUUGGUUCUGAAGCGCUAUGUUCUUUAAAUCCUUACUAUGCCGAUGGGAAAGGUGCGAAAUUGACAUAUGAUGUUCGCACAAAUAUGGAACUUUUUCGGACAUUCACUGCGUCUGACUACGUAGCUGCCCAACGUCUUAGGAGAAGAUUAAUGUACUACCACAUGGAGAUUUUCAAGAAGGUUGAUAUCAUAGUGACCCCAACAACUGGCAUGACAGCGCCUGCAAUACCUCCAAGUGCUCUUAAAUUUGGGGAGACAAAUCUGCAGGUUACAGGUUAUCUGAUGCGGUUUAUUAUAGCAGGAAAUCUUCUUGGACUCCCAGCCAUUUCUAUUCCAGUUGGCUACGAUAGACAAGGACUUCCAAUAGGUUUACAAUUAAUUGGCCGUCCUUGGGGUGAAGCUUCAAUAUUGUGUUUGGCUUCUGCGGUAGAGGAACUCUGUGCAGGGUCAAAGAAGAGGCCAGCAUCAUUUUAUGAUAUUCUGAAGGCCAAUCAGGAGUAACUUGGUUUAUUUUUUGCUGCAUGUCCUGGGGGAAAGCAUUGCUUGCUUUUUUUGUUUGUUUUCUAUGUAAGGGUAGCCCUCUGGAGGAGCUCAGGAGCCUAUUUAUGAUAUUCUGAAGGCCAACUAGGAUUUACUCGGUUUACUUUAUACUGCAUGUUCUGAGGGAAAGCAUUGGUUCCUCUAUUUAUUUGUUUUCUUUAUUAGGGUAGCCCUCUGGAGGAGUUCAAGAGCCUAUCUCAACUAAAAGCGUUUGUUGCUUCUUAUCUGUCACCAAAAACAUGAUUUUCAUGCUCGGGCCGUUGCUAUUAAAAAUAAAAAUUAAUCCUCAA